AUGCGUCUAAGCCCCCUGUUUAUCCGCGCAUAUUCGCCGCCCAUCGCUGCCUUGUCUUCUACAAACGCCCUGCAUACUGCAACAUCGCCACGGCGCCCGCGUCGUCCCUUUGUUUAUGCCUGCACAAGCAUUGGUCUAGGUAAUAGUGCAGCAUCCAGAGAUGCUGCCAAACCUCCAAAACGCGAAAUCUCCACUUCGACGUCGAAGAACCUACCGGAGAUUGUCGAGGACGACUUGGAAGAGCAAUUCGUUCGCGGCAGCGGUCCUGGAGGGCAGAAAAUCAACAAGACGGCGUGUUGCGUGGUACUAAAGCAUAAACCAUCCGGUAUCAUAGUGCGGUGCCAGGAAACGCGAAGCCAGGUUAAAAACCGAGAAGUAGCCCGCAAAAUUUUGCAGAGGAAAUUAGAUGAAAUCGAAAAAGGAGAGGAGUCGCUCGCAGCGAAAGAACUGUUCAAGGCCCGCGCAAGGAAAGCCCGGCGACGACGGAAAUCUGUGAAGAAGCAUUACAAGUCUCGAAUGGACAAAGCCAUGAUGAGUGACUGGAGCUGA